GUCAUAAACACAUCAAUUGUCGGUAUUAAUUGUCGUCUAUGUCGUGUAUAUACAUACAAAAGUUAGAGAAGGAGAAAAAAAUUUAGCAAUUCAUAAAACAAAUCAAAUCGCUUUGUGAUUCAAAUAAAAAACUAUAAAGUUUGCGUUAGUUAAACGACACGGCGACAACUAAUUACACUAAUAUUCGCAUACAUUUUAUAUUCAUGGGCAGAAAAAUAUUUUCGGGAAAGCUAUAAAAAGCAACUACUACAGCGAGCAGAAUUUCCAAGCAACGUGCGAGCAAAUUUACGUCAAACGAAAAAGUCUCCUUAGAAAAAGUGUAUCUACCGCGCAAUCGUCAGAAAGCGGAAAAUUUAUACAAGAAAAAAGUGAAGCGGCAAGCAAAGUAUUUAUAUACAUUAUAAAGAAAAUCGAUAAAUCGAUUGGCAAGUCCAGUAGCCGAACCUCUCACUAAUUUCAAUAAAAACGCUAGCCACAGCGUUGCCAACUAACUGCAUUUUCGUGCAAUCUACGUUGACGUAACCGACACAGUUGUCGGUAUCGCCACCAAGCAGCGAAACAGCAAAGCAAAAAAAUUUACGCAACAGCGCAGUUGAACUAAAAAAAAGCUUCAAAAUUCUGGCCGCAACGAGAAAACCACACGCCAACACAAUGGAUUUUAUGAUGGCGAAUGCCGGUGCUGCAGGCGCCGUUGACGCUCAGGCCCAAUUAAUGGCUCAGACCGCUGCGAAUCCGGCCGCUGCCGCAGCCGCCCUAGCCGCUACGAAUGCAUCGCCUGCGCAGACUGCUGCCGCUGCUGCAGCUGCCGCACAACUGCAACAGCAGCAGCAGGUGCAGCAGGCCAUUUUACAGGUGCAGCAACAGCAAACACAACAAGCUGUCGCCGCCGCCGCUGCAGCCGUCACUCAGCAAUUGCAGCAGCAGAACACCAAUGGAAAUUCGAAUGGUCAGCAGAAUGGCAGCAAUGGCUCAAGCGAGACACGCACCAAUCUCAUUGUGAACUAUUUGCCACAAACAAUGACUGAAGAUGAAAUACGUUCGUUAUUUUCCAGUGUAGGCGAGAUCGAAUCCGUAAAAUUGAUACGUGAUAAAUCACAAGCCUUUAUGGAUCCCUUAAAUCCGCAAGGACCAACCAAAGGUCAAAGUUUGGGUUAUGGCUUCGUCAACUAUGUACGCCCACAAGAUGCUGAACAAGCGGUAAAUGUAUUGAAUGGUCUGCGUUUGCAAAAUAAAACUAUUAAAGUGUCAUUCGCUCGCCCCUCAUCGGAUGCCAUUAAAGGCGCUAAUUUAUAUGUCUCUGGACUGCCGAAGAAUAUGACACAGCCAGAGUUGGAGGCUAUUUUUGCACCAUUCGGCGCUAUUAUCACGUCACGCAUACUACAAAAUGCUGGCAACGAUUCACAGACAAAAGGCGUUGGUUUCAUACGCUACGACAAACGUGAAGAGGCAACACGCGCCAUUAUUGCAUUGAACGGUACCACCCCUUCCGGUUGUACCGACCCCAUUGUGGUGAAAUUCUCGAACACACCUGGCAGCACUAGCAAGAUCAUGCAACCACAGCUGCCUGCAUUCCUCAAUCCACAGCUGGUGCGGCGCAUCGGCGGCGCAAUGCAUACACCGGUCAAUAAGGGCUUGGCCCGUUUCUCACCCAUGGCCGGUGAUAUGUUGGACGUUAUGCUGCCCAAUGGUUUGGGUGCGACAGCGGCCGCAGCAAGCGCACUAGCCAGUGGUCCGGGCGGUGCUUAUCCCAUCUUCAUUUAUAAUUUGGCGCCCGAAACGGAGGAGGCGUCAUUAUGGCAGCUAUUUGGGCCAUUCGGCGCAGUGCAAUCGGUCAAGAUCGUUAAGGAUCAAACUACGAAUCAGUGUAAAGGAUAUGGUUUCGUUUCGAUGACCAACUAUGAUGAAGCUGCAAUGGCAAUUCGCGCACUCAACGGCUACACACUGGGCAAUCGGGUGCUGCAAGUUAGCUUCAAGACCAAUAAAUCCAAGUAAGACCCCUUUCAACUGAACUUCAGUAGUAGCAGCAAAAAGCAACAAUAGUAGUAGUAAACAACAACAACAACAUCAUACAUAUACAUACAUGCACAACGCAAAAACAAAAACAAGGUAGCGGAAAUACAACAACAAUUCCAGGAACAAACCACGAAAAGCGGAGAGACCUAUGUAACAUCAGGCAAGUUGGUGGAAAUGCGCGAGUUGGAUUUUUGUAGAAGUUUGUUAGUGUGCGUGCGUGGGAGAGCAUGUUGUGGGGGAUGGAUUGGGUUUACGCUCUCAACAUCUAACACACUUUUAUUGUCCACAUGCGAUUUACCACGUGCUCGCCAACCGCGUAUUUUCCAUUUUUUGUAUUAAGAAAUUCUAAGAGAAAAUUAAAAAGUACAACCUUAAAGAAAUUCUGACUUUGAGCUAACACAAAGGUAUAAAUUAAAUUAAUUAAUAAACUUGCGAAAGUAAAAUUAAUUCAUUUAAUUUAUUGUUAAACAGCUAAAUUAAGUUAAUGAUAAAAAACAAACAGAGUAGUAGGUGAAAGAAUAAAUCGGCAAAGCGAAAAUUGUGUUAUAGCACAGAAGCACCAGAAAGGCUCAUUCGUGAAAAAGAGAGCGUGUGUCAGCGAAUAUACAGCGUUUUGAAAAUAUGUAAGCCAAAGCAUUGAAUGUGUUUUGCUUUUUUCGCCACUCGCAACUGGCUAGCCAACACUUUUGUGCAAAGAAAAUGUGAGCACAAAUGAGUGCUGCAAAUAUUAAAAUGGCGCGGCAAGUGCCGGUUAGCAACCAACCCCUCGAUAAGCGCGACAGCAGGCGGCAGUUUUCUCACACGCCACACCAUGGGUAUAUUGAACAGCCACUUUUUAUCAUACAACCCUCAUGUUUUGCAUUGGUUGUUGAUGAACCUGCCGUUUUUGAUUGUUUCAAAAAAUAUAAGGUGAAAGCUGGUUUGACAUACAUAUACUCGUAUAUAGUAUAUUUAACGUUUACCGUAGGUUUUGCAAAACUUGGCAAAUUUCAGUCUAUUCAUGCAGAAAUAUUUCUUGCAUAUUAAGCAAAUGCUCAGCAGCAAUUAAAAGUUAUUACUCAAAGUAUGCUAUUUUUAAAUUUGCCAACAGCUGAAACACUCGCCUGUGUGUCUCUGUGUUUAUACUUAUGUGAGCAGGCUGCCCGUUGCUGGCGCGCAAAAGUAAAAAAAUUGCUUAAAUUCAGUAAUACAAAAUAUCUUUUAGGUGCUAGUUAUGCAUUUCUAACAAAUUUUAUGCAACAUAAAAAUGUCUAUAACAAGCGAACGCUAAAUUUACAUUUAGAUAUUUGAUGAGGAUGGUUGUAAAGAUUUGUGGGUGUAUGGGUGCAGUUAUGCUUAGCGAAAAAAUUACUGGCAAAUCAGAAUCGCGUACAGAAAUUUAUCGGCCAUCCUCCAGUGUGAAGAUGCAAUUGGGUUUCUUAUUUUCACUUCUUCAAAUAAAAUAGGCUGAAUUUUUGCUGAUUUUGUUCUUUGUUUGAAUGCUCAUUAUAUUGUAAAAAUAAGAAGAUAAGCUAAAUGUCGUAAAGAAAAAAUACGCGCCCGUAGAUUUCUAAAAUGGUGGAGAAUUCGUGGCAAUUUGAAUAGAAAAAUAUAUAAAGAAAUACAGAAAAAAUACAGCUUUGAUAUCAUAGCUGAAGAGCUAUAGCUAUAGAGAAACAAAAAAGUUUAGAGAUUUGCAAAUCUAACUCCAAGGAAGUGUUUCUGUAUUUGUUUACAUUCCUUCAAAUUUGCUCACGCGCGUUGUCUAACUCUCCAAAGGCGUUACUGCGUGCUCGUGUAUGAAAAAAAUAUUUAUAAAAUACAAUGAAACCUUCUAUUAAAUUGAAAUUCAACAAAGAAAUCGGCACAUGAUUUUUUUUUUACCUAUAAAAAUAGUUACCUUGAAAACGAAUUCAAAAUGAAAAGCAAGUUGUACUAAACUAUUAAAUAAAAUUAUAUAUAAAACCGGGAUGCUUAAUGAGCGCCAAUUCGGCAGAAACUAUAUACAUAUAAUGUAUGCUACAGGCAUUAGACAUUGACAACAACAAAAAAGGGUAAACGUAAUCUUCCGAAACGUCAUAAAAACGUAAAACGCAAACUUGGCCUACUGGCAGCAAAGUAUUUUAAAUUAAUUUUCAUUUGCAAUUUUUAAAGUUGAACAUUUUUACACAAUUUUUAAAUAAAAUAGCGCGUUUAAAAAAAUUUGAAUUUCAAAAUGCAUUAAAAUAGUCAGAGUGCGAAUGCUCGCUUGCAAGGCUUGAGGGAAAUAGCUAUGGCUAGCGGUAUGAGCGCGUACGCAGGUAAUAAAAAAAUAUAUAUUUCAUGGAAUAAAAAAUAAUUACUUAAGCAGUUAAACAUUUUUUUCUUGCUAUACAAAGCCAAUAAAUGGCAGUAAUAAUAUUCAAAAGCUUAGUAAACAUAUUAAGAAAAGUGAAAAAAAUUGGUUGAAAAUCAAGUGGCACGCUUCGGAAAGCGCAGAAAAGCAAGCGAGAGCGAUAGUAGAAUUAAUUAAAAAUUAAAAAAGCAGGAACCAGUUUUUAAAUAUUUAAAUAGACUAGCGAGAGCAAACUAGUAAAUGAAAUAAUAUAAAUAAACAAUAAACUUAGAGGACAUAGUAAAAGCAACGUCAAGGAGGCUGCUACAGUAUUAAAUAGUAAAAGUAAAAAAAAAAAACAAAAACAAAAUUAUAAACAAAGAACUUUGGUUUAAGUUUAUAAUAAAAUAGAAAAUGAAAGCAAACCCUGCGUGCGCCCUGGUGAAUUAACCUAUUUAGCAUAGGAAUAAAAAAAGACUAUAGCGCGUUGAUUUUGCAAUUGUAAUUUAAAUUUUAAUAAAAAUAUAGAGGGUCAUAGCAAGACAGUAUCGAGUGUGGAACAAUAAUUAUACAUACAUAUAUAAACACAUAAUAGACGCAGAAAGUUGAAAAAAAAAACAUAAAUACUUUUAAGCAAAUAAAAUUCGUACAUCAAUUCAGUCAUAAUAAUACACACAAGCAAUGCAAUAUAAAUUAAAAAAAAAAUCAAAAACAAAAACAAUCUAAGUAUAAAAAUUUACCAUUUAUCUAAUAUUUAUAAUAAUUGUUAACAAAAAUGUUGUAUGUAGUUCACAUACGGUAACUUAAUAUAGUAUUUUACAUCCAUACAUACUUCAGUAUGCAUGUAUGUUAACGAAACUACCAGUCAAACGCACAUUUUUUGUUGUGCAUUUUGGGGGAGGGAAAGUACGAAGUGUCGAAAAAUAUGUCGACGUCGUUUUUAACAGAAUUUAUUUUUGUUUUAUUUAUAUGCUCACGCCUAUAAUGGGGUUGAAUAAGUAUUUAACUCCAGAGAAAUUUCAUGCUGAAGCAUAGUAAAAGCUACGAGCAUAAAAAGUAACUAGAAAAUUUAUCCGCCUUUUAAUACGCUGAGUAGUAACAAGAACGCUUUGAAUAGAAAUAUUAGCUUAACAGCAUACGGCCCAAGUCAUACAACAAAAUGCAGUUUAAUUUUUUAUAUUGCAGUUAAAUAUUCGUACGCGCUGAAAAGCGUCGUUUGCUUGUUGAAUCAGCAAUGUAAGCGCAACAAAUCAUAAAAUUGAAUCAGUACAAAUGUACUUUUGAAUGUCAUUGAAUGACAUUUUUGAUAGGUUCGAAUUCGAUCUUGUGCAAUUUGAAAGCGCUGCACAGGGUUGUGAUAAUGCGCUUAAUCAGAAGGAUUUUAGGCUUGGCAUUGGUUAUAUACCGUUUAUAUGCUGAAAGCAUCCUAAUUAAAUGUUUAACAGACUGCACCAAAUGACGCCGGCAUUGACCUGACCUAGCACUACUUUUUCACCACCGCUGCUGCUGCAUAAAGCGAAUAAUGUGAAAAUGAAAAUUUCUUGCGACAAAAUUGCAAUGUAAAGCACAAAACGCCCACGAAUACAAUAAAAACUAACAUGUGAACGUAUUUUAAUGUGAAGAAUAGUAUGGUUUAGACGACAUACAAAUAUUUUCCUUGUGACACACAUACGUAUGUAUUUAUGUGCAUAUGUAUGUAUUUGUAAAUUUUUAACAAAAACUUAUUAUUUUGCGUAUUUCCAAUAUUUUAGCUUGGUUUGCUUUCAAAAAGGUAGAAAAGAAGAACAAAACGAAAUUGGUUAUUCUUCUCAAAUAGAGACAGCUUUCCAAUUGUUGGAGAUAUUUCGUUGAGUACGAUUUUGUUUUCCAUUUUUCAUGAAUAUCUAUUUGAUUUCGUUUGUAGUGCAAUAUAUUGACUUAUUGUGUUGGUUUCUUUGUUUCGAUUUCAAUUUCAUUUUGUUUGCGUUGUUGCGGAAAUACAGUUUAGUGCUCUUUUAUUUCGAUUUGUUCCAAUCAUUAUUAGUGUGAAUAUUCGAAUUGGUUUUGUACAAUAAUUUUAUUAAUUUAGAAUUAAUUUGUUAAACAAAAUAUGUUUUUUUUUGCGUGAACUCUGCUGCAUACCACCAUAUUUUCAAUUCCUGCAGUUUUUUGGGAUAAGUUCGAUUUCUCACGACAGCUACUACUCUUCUGUUUGUUGUUAUUGUUUUUUUUUUUUUGUAAUUUAAAAUUUUUUUAAUUUAAUCAAUAGGCUCGUAUAUAGAACUUUUACGCGUGUACCCAGUUUUAUAAUUUAAUUUUACAUACAUAUAUAAAAUUAAUUUAUGGAAUGUUGACGCGUGUGCGUGAUCCCCAGCUAAUUUGUACACAUAAUACAUACAAACACAUAUACAUGCACACACACAUAUAUACAGUAAAUAUAUAAAUAAUUAAGCGAAAUAUAUUUAUAUAUACAUACAUAUUUAUUGCAUAUUUACACAAUUUAUAUAUAUAAUAUAUACAUACACACAUACAUAUUAAAUGUAUUUAUUUGAUUUUUUAUAUGUUAUAUGCUGUUAAAAAACGACAAUUUCGCUUUCAAUUUCACAUAUAAAGGGUGGUCCAUGUAGUGGUUUCUUUUUAAAAUUUCAAAAAAAAAAAAAAGAUGAGCAAAAGUAAAUUUUCCCGUAUGUAAUUGUUUUAUUCAAAAGAGCAAACAUUCCCAUUAUUUACGAUGCCAUAUAUAAUGAUGCCUCAACUCCAAAAUCCACUCCAAGCUGUCACUCUCUGAUUAUGCAUUGGCCUCUCAACGAUCACGUGCGGCUUUUCCGCUUUUCCGAUCGCCAGAUGCGGCAGUUUUGCUUGCGAACAUAGCCGCCGGGAUGAAAAACCGCUUCUUCGGAAAAGAUGAUUUUGGAGCAAAAUCGUAAGGCCCAAACAGAGAAAUCUUUGCAGUUGUUUGUGCAAAAUUCGCAUCAGGCUGUUGCGUGAAAUGUUAAGUUGUCGGUACGCACUAUUUGGGCUACACAACUUUAACUUUGGAAACAAGUUUGCAAUAUUCCCCAACGUUGUUCAGGCGCAAAGCGAUUCAUUGCAUUCCGCGAGGAUAUGGUAUUGACUUUCUGUGAAGAUUUCCAGCGGGGAAAGAGCUGCCACUGUCACAAAAAAAACCACUAUAUGUACCACCACUUAUGUACAUAUAUACAGAUGUAUAUAAGAAAAUUUAUAUUUGCAUUAACAGUUAAUCACACAAGUACAUAUAUUAUCUACACGCUAACAUAAUUACAAACAAACACAUAGGUAUAUAUGUAUGUAUUCAAGUGUAUGUCUAUUUAAACAUAAUUUGGUAGCUGUUAAGUGAUUUAGUUGUAGAUUUGCAAUUUUCGAUUAAACAUAUAGCAAAAUAGCUAAAACAUAGCGUUUUAGGGGUAUUCACGGUGACUGAUUGCCUAGAGUUGUAGUUUUUUUUUUGCCAAGCAGGGCGAAUAGCACACUUGGUUAGCACCGCGAAUACCGGUUUUUUCAUAGGUGCGCAUAGAAAGGCAUGAGCAAAUGCUAGCGCGGCAGUAAGAGAAGUUACAAAGCAAAACAAAAAGAAACCCAGAAAAAAGUAAAAAAAUAUUUAUUAUAUUAGUUCAUUAUUAAAGUAGUACAUUUUGGAUGCUAAACGAUACGUUGUGGUUUGUGCCACAUGUAUUGCUAUAUUACUAUUAUUAUUUUUUCUUAAGAAGUGAAAAAGUGGAACAUGAACAAAAUAUGCAAACGAAAGCGAAGAAAGUAAACCGAGCGCUAAGCUAGGAAAUGCAUAAGAACAAAUAAAAUAAUUAAGUUAAUAUAAAGCGAUGUAAACUUAAGAACGUAGUUGUAGUAGAGAAACCGGUGGUAAACAAAAAACAAAAAAAAAACAUGAAAAAAUCACAAGUAUACACAAAACGCAUGAAACAAACAAGGAUUCUAGUCAAAAAUGCAAAACAAAAAAUGCGUAACGAACAGGCGAGGAGAAAAGCAAGCAGUGUAGUAAAUAAAGAGAAACAGUUUGCUACUGAAGUUAGGCAGUGGCAUAAUGAAGUUUGAAUAAAAAAUGAGAAUAACUUAAAUGAUUAAGUCUCACAUAGUAUAUACAUACGUAUGUAUGUAUGUGAAAAUUAUGAAUGAAAAAAAAGAAUAAAAUAAUAAAAUCGAUUAAAAGGUAUACAGCUAUAGAAAUUACUAUCUAGCACUUAGUAGUUCAUAUACAUCAUUCGAAACAACAGAGAAAGCUAGAACAGAAAAGCACUAUAGCUACAACCGUUCAUUAUGCAAUGCAAUUAUUAUGUUUAUAAUAAGCAAAAACAAAAACAAAUAGUUCAAUGGUUAAAUUAAAAUGAAAGCAUUCAAAUUGAAAUUUAUUUACCAAGUGCUAAUUCUGUUUGAAUAAGUUUCCGUGCAACUAAUUAAAUUUCGACAGUAAAGUAGUCUGCAUUUUGCACAUUCUUCUAAGAUUUCUACAGUUUCUCACUUUUCGGCUGAUUGAUGGAGAUACACAAAUUAGUUAAAGCAAAAAACAUUUCGUUUCGAAAAAAUUUCGACAAUUUAAAAAAGAAAAUGAAAAUUCGAAUUGAGAAAAAACGGUAAUGAAAACUAAAUCGAAUAAUAUUAGAAAUAGAAUGAAAACUAAAUCUAAUAAAUUAGAAAAUCGAAUAAUGCUAGAAAUUUUAUGCAUUAACCAGUUGAGAAUUGGAAAUUCAAAAACUAGCAAAAAAAAUAUUGGAUUUUUUUCUGAAAAUCGCCUGGCAUCGUGGCUUUUGCAAAUUAUAAAGGCAAUUCGCAAUUAUGUGCAAAUAUACUGCAAAACACGGCUUUUGCAAACUACAGCCAUCUACCGAUAAAAAUAAUGUAUGAAUGUUUUGUUGUUGGGUUGCCAUGUUAUUUGCAUUUAAUUGUGAACUGCUCUAUACAUUUUAGUGUUUUAUUGCCAUAAUAAUUUUCCGAUGCCGUAAUGCCUGGUUGUUUGCUCUUAAUUGUGAUCUACCCUAUUGGGUGUAUCGUGUGUGGCAUGCCAUACAGUGGUGUGAGUGGAGCUUCGCGGCUCUACAAUACACUGGCCACUUCCACUCCACCAUUACCUACUAAUAAAGUGCUACACUAAAGCAUCUUCAGCACUACGCGCUUUUCUAACUACUUUCGUUUUCAAAGAAGAAUUUAUAAUUUUUUUUUUAAUAAUUUCACUAUUUUCAGUCGUGCAUGGCUUUCUAAACCUAAGACAAUUUUUCGUGUUUCAACUCACUUUUCUGAUUUUUUCAAUUCUUUGUCUUAAACUGUUGUGCCACAAAAAAGGUUCAAAAUAAAUUGAAUGGCAAUUGUAAAAAUUGCAAAGAAAAAAUAAUUUCAUUACGCACGUAAAUCUGUUGAGAUUAUUGUAGAGACUUAAAGCCUCCGAAGUGCACACAAAACCAUAACCUAAAAAAAUUAUUACAAAUAUAUUUGUUUUGCUAAAAAGCGGAGAGAAAUUCUGUGCAAUAGUGUCUACGCGAAAAUGUGUAUCUCAGAAGAAAGUAUAAAUUUUUUGCAUAUAUUUUAAUAACACUACUUUUUAAUGUAGUAUUUAUUUUAAGCAUUAAUUUUUUAAAUGGAAACAAGCAAACUUAACAAAAACACGUAGUUGAAAAAUGAAAGCGAAAGAGUAGUAAAAUAAGAGAAACAAUUGCAUAUAUCCAAAUGCAAGAAGCAAAAUAUUGAUAAAAUGCUUUGCUUUUUUCUUGAAACAACAACAAAAAAAAAAAAAAAAAAAAAGAAUUUUUUAAUGAAGAAUGCAGAAUCUACAAUCACGCGCGAAAAUAGAGGGGGAAAAGAGGAGUGCAGACACUCAAGAGCAGGAAAAAGAGAAUACACAAAUUGGCAAGAAAAUCGAAUUUUAAUGAAACUAAAGCGGAAAGGGCGGAAAGGCAAAACUAAAAUGAAAAUUUACAUUAAAUGUAUGUUUGUUGCGAUGAAACCUCAGAGGAAGUGCAGCAAUAGCAAAGCGGUCAAUGCAGUGCAUGGUUGUACUUACAAGAAUUAUUGAAAAUUAUGUAAACAAUGUCAAAGCAUGCAAAAGUUAGAGGAGAGAGGAGGUGUUGGCAAACACAAGAAGUCGUUAUCAAUCAAUAUGUUUAGAAAGAGCGGCACAAAAUAAAAAAAGAGAGGAGCAAGACAAAAAAUUGCAGUAUUUCGAGCAAAUAAGCAGCUAGACAAAGCAGAAAAAAUGCACGAAAAUGGCGAAAAACAAGCGAAGUGAAAAAAAUAAUUAAAAAUUAAUUCAUAUAGCAACAAACCAACUCAAAUUGACGUACAAAAGCAAAAGCGCAGCUACGAAACUUAAAAACGAAAACUUAAAGUAGCGGCAGUUUAGGGGUUUCUCUUUUUUUCAAAUUGCAUUUUUGAAAUGUGUGCGUUUUAUUACAUAUAAUUCGUUUUUUUUAUUUACAUAAUUAUUAGUUUUUAAUUUUAAUUUUCAUAUUAUGAUCCACAAUUUAUAUAAAUGUUUUAUGUUUUAUAAUUAUUACCAUGAUAUGCGUACCUUAACAAAACGAAGCAAAACAAAAGAAAAUAAUAAUAGAUUGGGUAAACAAUAAUAAUAAUUACUAUUUUUAUGGGUUUUCAGUUUGUUUUGUAUGAUUUCUUAAUAUUUGUUUUUAAUUGAAUAAACCACAAAAUAGCAUUAAAUAAAAUAGCAGUUUGUAAACCAUAGUUUUAAUUGACUUAUGUUUUAAAAUAUUUUUUUCUUUUCACUGCAUUCCCUGCGUUUAGUUUGUAAUUUAUUUGCGUUAACCAAUUUAAUUUAAUUUUAAUUUCAAUACAAUUUUAUACUUUAUUAAUGUUUAUAAUUUUACGGUUUUUUCUGUUCAUGUCUUAUGUUUUGCAACAACAAUGUUUGUACACAGCAAAUGAAAAUAAAAUUGUAUGCCAAAAAAUACGAUCAAACAAUUGCAAAAGCGCUAAACAUCUUAUUGAAAAAAAAUUAAUUAUAAAAUAAUAAAUAAACAAAACUAUUUUAGCGCACCGCUACGCAGUCAGCGAAUGCGCCUUUUUACAAAGUAUUUUUCAAUUUUAUUAAUCUUAAUUAUUUUUCAGAUUAUAUAUACAUAUAUAAUAUAUUUUAAUUUCAAUUUAUAUUAUUAUUUGAUUAAGUUAUAUUGCAUUAUACUCAAGCCACACAAAAUCAUAUUUUGUCACCUUAAUUUUUAGUUAAUGUAACUAAUUGCAAAAUUUUUUAAUCAACCAAUCAUCAAGCCCAUACAAGGUAUUGCACCGUGUAGCAAUGAGGGCAAAAUAUAUGUACUCGUAUAACGUUGGUUAAAAAAUCAAAAUUUGCAAUUUCUGCAGUGCACCAUAUUUCGGCUCCUGGAAAUUUUACACAGUAAGCCAAUAGCACAGAAAGAACUCUAGAAGCGCGCGAGAGGCAAAGUUGAAAAGUCUCUGGAAGUUCCCUCAUAAGUUGAAACUUUUUUUAAAACAUAGAACUGUUAACUUUAUUUCAAAUGAAAGAAGAAUAAAAAAAUUAAAAUAGUUUUGAAUUCUUUGCAAAAUGAAAUUUUCAUAAAAUAUUUAUGUAUGGAAAGUAUCAAAAAGUUAUUUUGGUUUUUAUAUGCAACAUUUUCGGAUUUUUUUAUAAAUUAUUACGUUUUUCGUAUAUCAAUGCCAGAUGAGUUAAAAAUUUCUCAAAUACAUUUACAUACAAAAUUGACAUACGAUACUCUCUUUGCACCCGGCAGCUUCCGCCUAAGUUCAUCUGCACCCUCACGUUUUUAUACGCAAAAUUUGAAUAAGAAAUUGUGUUUGCCCAAAUGUAUUUAAAAAAAAAAAACUCAAACCGGUUUAGCCUCAUUUCAAAACGCAACUUUAAACACAUCAAAAAUUUGCAGAAAAAAUUUAAACUUUAUUAUUACUUUUAAUUUUAAUUAUAAGUUUGUGUUUUUAUUUUAAUUACGUUUUAAUUCAAUUUGUAUUUCCCACACAAAAGAAAGCAUCAAAAUUGUAUGGAAAAAGAAUAAGGAAAGUGCGCUAAAAAUCAUUAUGCGUGUAUUUGAAGCGACGCAAAAGAAAACCUUUAGACGACAAACAGUGUUUUUACCCUUAAAUAAAAUAUAAAUUUUGAUUUUUGAA